AUGGAUAGCGUCAAUGUCUCCGAGUUGGUCGCGCGACUCGGCGCGGAGGAGGAGUCGGUGCGCAAGAUGGCCGUCUUCAAGCUGCAGAGUGCCAUUGGCGACCCCUCGUUUGCCGACGUCUUCAUAUACGAAGGCGGUCUGCCCAAACUCAGAUUCCUGGCCCUGCAUUCCACAGGCAAUACACUGGCAUACUGCCUCACCUCUCUAGCACGCCUGCUGGAGCUGGACAAGGGAUGGGACCAUGUUACCGAUGAUUUGGUCGCGAGAAUAGUCGACCUUGUGGUCGCCCAACCUCUCGUCAACGUCAAUCGUGGUGCCAUGUCAGUCCUCGCAGCCAUCGUCGGCCACCCCUCUCAUCGCAACUCUCAGGAAGGAACCACUGGCUUCCAGCGCCUGAAGCCUGCCGUCGAUACUCAGCCUGAGUUCCUACCUUCCCUCGUCGAAAAGAUCGCCUCAGCCGACCACGCGCUAUGUGCCAACUCGCUGCAGCUUAUCAACGCCCUCAUGCGAGAUGCCAUCACAAACGACGCGGCUUUUGAGUGGCCCAAGUUCAUAAAGCAGCUGCAGGAGCUGGGUGUGAUCAAGAGCGUAUAUGGACUCAUGCAGAGCUCUGCGAUACAGGAUUUGGCCCAUCCAUUGCUCGACUUCCAGUCGUUGACCAAGAUACUGUUGCGAAACUGGAGGGAAGAAAAGGUCGAUUUGGAGAAUCCUGAUCACAGAAGGGCUAUCCGGGGGCUACACACAGCGAGCAAGCCAGAGAAGCCAGACUCCGACUCCAAGGGAAGCAAGAAACAAAAUCCAGACAAAUGGAAACGUCUGGGCUUCGAGACUGAAUCGCCUGCGUGGGAGUUUGAUCAGACUGGCUUCCUAGGCCUCAUGGAUAUUACCGACUUCGUCUACAAGAACGAAGACGGAUUUCAGAAGCUCUUACUGGAGCAGUCGGCAGAACCACCCGAGCAGCGGUGUCCAAUUGCGCGUGCAAGUUUGUCUGUCACCCAGACUCUGUACGAGCAUUUCGAAGUAGACAAGCCUGAUGACUUUGACUCUCAUAGACAUACUGACUCGCGAGCCAAUUUUGACCGCGCGUUCAAACCCCUCUUGCUCCACUGGUCUAGAUUGCACACGAGUGGGUUAAAUGCUUUCAUCAGACUGUGGAAAGCCGCUGGCGCACAGACGGAGGACUUUGAGAAGAUUGAAGAGCUUAUUCGCAUCUUGAUCGAGCAGGUGGUGGGUCAGGCGCCACGCAUGAAGGACGUCAAAGAUGUGGAGGAGGAUCUGACUGAAUUCGAACUCAAGCGUCUGAGAGAGCUCCAGAUGGAAGUACUGGAGCUGACGUACGAGGACGCGUGGGGCCAUCAUCUGCGUCAAGUCCGUGACGAACUCAACCACGAGGCUCUGCAGUUCGUAAAGGAGCAGCGUAUACGAUGUCUGCUACAAGGGGCGUGGUUCCCUAUGGGUAUGGACUACGGCACAAGUGCAGGUCCAGUAACCGGCAAGGCCCUGGAUCGUUCUGUGCCCUCAGCAUGGCGUUUUGUCCGAUUGUCACACAACCGGCGAUAUCUGCACUAUGCUGAUUUUGACGAAAAGACGGCGACUGAGCCGAGAUUAGACACACUGCAGGAGAAGAUCGAUCUAUCAAUCGUCUCUUCGGUCGUGAGCAAUGUCUCGGCUUCGGCUCCGUCGACCUCAUCAUCUGACAGUACAGUCAGAACCCUGCUAGGCCACGAGCGAGCUUCUACGUCGACCAAGAUCACGAUCCACGGCUACCUGCCGCCGUCCAAUCACUCGCGGCAGGCUUCCAGCGGCUCAGGCGCAGGGCGGAAAGAAUCUGUCCUGCUGCAUCUGCAUCCUCAGAGCCACACCCUUGCUUCCGAGUGGCUUGAUGGAUUGCUGAUGCUGUUAAACCAACAGCCUAUAACCGCCGAUACCAAUAAGUUGGCGACCUUCAUAGGCGGCUACGGGUUGAAGAUCCGUCUGCUCAACGUUCGAUACGAAGACGUUGGGCUGGAGGAGCCAGUACUCCCCAGCCGUGAGGGACUGGAUGACGAAUACUACUAUGACAUUGCGGGUGCCUGA